GCGCGUCCAAUCAGCGGCGAGGUUCAAGAUGACACCUUGGGAUUCCGCGAAGUAGUUUCUUUCAGAUGGGAACAGCAAACAGCGGCACAGACAUACAGUUGACGCACUUACGAAGGAAGAAGGGGAUAACAGUACGCAGUAGUUCCACGCUGUCUCCUGUGUCUAAUACAAAAUUGGGAAUAAGCACCUAGGAUGUCCUAUCGGUAACUUGUGCAUGUAGACGCAAGAAACACAAGCUUUUAUCCUUCGUUUGGACACUCUUUCAUCCAAGUCACAUUGGGAACGACACGUGUAGGCGUGAAACCACGUUUUCUGGAGUCUCCUGAAUCCCGAUGCGCAGAUGAUGAGAACCCCCCACAGUGCCAUUUAAGUUUUACUGCUCUUUUACACUAUUCUACACCGCCUCACUUCUACAUUUACUGCACAUUUGGAGUGACUACGAUGACGGACGUAGAUAUCGCAGCAAGGUCCUUGGGGACGGUUUCAAAUGGCGAGCGCUCCGACAAACUAACCGGCGAGGAGGGAUCUGAAGAAAGUCAGGAAAGCCGGACUCUGUUGAUGGUCGCAAUGAUUCUGCUGGACCUAAACCAGUGCAUCCCGAGCGGCAUCAGCGCCAAGCGAAUAGUGGACAGUGAUGCGGAGAAUCGGGAGAACCGGGAGAAGUGCAAACAGACUGCGGGCAGGGUUAAAAGGACACGGAAGCGCGACCGGCUGCACGCAUCCGCGGAGAAAAGACACUGCUGCCCGUAUGCUGGCUGUGGGAAAAUAUACGGCAAGUCUUCCCAUCUGAAGGCGCACUUCAGGGUUCACACCGGUGAGAGGCCCUUUCAGUGUACCUGGCCUGGCUGUGCAAAAAAAUUCUCUCGGUCGGAUGAACUGACAAGACACUUUCGCACACACACCGGGGAGAAGCGUUUCAUGUGCCCACUUUGUGACAAAUGCUUCAUGAGAAGCGAUCACCUCACCAAACACGCUCGCAGACACGCAGGCUUCCACCCCAGUAUGCUUCAGGGUCACGCCGGGCGAAGGCGACACUCUUCAACAUCCACAUCCUCCUCUGGCUCCAGCGAUCAUAUGUCUCCUGGUGUUUGAGCAUUUUGACUGUCCCUCUUACCUGACACCAGGCGUUCAGGAGCCUCUGCUAGUGAGCUGAUGAUGUAAUAUAUCAGACGUGUUGCGUGAUAGAGACAUACAAAAUAUUCUGAAAACAAACAACGAAUAUCACAUGUGCAGAAAUCAUCAAGCAGAAACAAUGUAAUGAACUUUUAAUCCAAGGGUUAUUUGAGUGUCUUUUUUUGGCAUUUGUUGGUUCCACAAAGAACCUCCAACAUCCAUCAAACCUUGCACAAGAAUUCAUAGUUAAAAAAGCAAAACAACAUGAUAUCUUUGGAUUAUUGAAAUGUUUUUCAUGCAAAGAUAUUCUCUAAAAAAAAGGUAACUGAAAUGUUUUUGGGAACCAAACAUUGUUCUAUUAUAUUGUCACAAACAAAAAACCUCACUCAGCAUAAAGAUGGAAUGAAUUUCAAGACAGAGCAGUGAGCGGAUUUACUGCACAGCCAGCUAACAAAAUCACUUCUAAGAACAUUUUGAUUAUGUUCCCAGAAAUGUAUAUAAAUAAUAAUGUUCCCAUCUUCCCAGAACAUUGCAGAAAGGUUUGUUGGAAACAACUCAGAGUGCAGAGAAGAGAACUUUCCUUCUAACCAACAGAGAAGAUUUUGGAAACCAGAAAGUCUUUAUUUUGACAUUUUUUAACUUAAUUUUGUAAAUAUAGCCCACUUUUGAAUGUUUUCUGAACAUUCUGGAAAGUAUAAAAAGAUGAAUGUCCUGUUAAAACAUGUAAUUGGGAAAAAGGUUUCUGUGCUGACAAUUUGAGAACGUUAACCCUUUAAAAAAACAUUUGGAUUGGAUUUCUUAACUCCUAAUGUCGCUAGUUAAAACACUCAAUGCAUUUUCUUUCAACACAUCCCAUAAUUUAUAAAAUAUCAACCUCUACCAGAUGGUUGAUGUUGGUAUAUGGUAAAAGUACCAGAGUUAAUACAUAUACUAUGAAAUAUCUGAAAAUUUGAAGUGUAAGACCAAUUUAUUUAAAGAAAUAAUCAAAAUAAAUCAUUUUUUGAAUACUAAAUCUUUAUUUUUGAAGUAUGCCAUAAAAUUUUAAAUUCUCACUUAACAUGUUUUCUUAUUUAUUUAUUUUACAAUAAAACCCAAAUCAAGUGUAGUAGUGCAACAGGAUUAUGUUUGAUCUUUUUUGUAAACCAACAAUGGCAUUCCUUAAAUCAUAGGUCUUAAUGUCAAUUCCUGGAGGGCCGCAGCUCUGCACAGUUUUGCACCAACCCUAAUCAAGAACAGCUGAUGCAACUAAUCAAGGUGUUUAAAACUCUUUUGAACACCUAAACUCAGUUAUUUUGAUUAGCUGUGUCUGAUUAGGGUUGGAGCAAAUCUGCAGACCUGCGGCCCUCCAGGAAUUGAGUUUGAGACCUAUGAUUUAAGUAACUUUAUUAGUCAUUAUUUAAAACAGUCAAAAUAUGGUCAACCAUUUGGUAGAGCCGGCAGUUAAAGGGUUAAAACUGUAUAACGUUGAACGAACCUCCCGGAGAACUGUUUGUCCCAGAACUGCCAGAAUGUUAGCCAAUGUUCUGAGAAUGAUCUCUGUUAGCUGGGCUCCCGCUGUGGCAAGGUAAAUGUACUCUUAUUUGUUUUCUAUGUAAAGCUAUACGGUGAGUGGUAAAACAGAAACACAUUUUAAUGAUCUUGAAGUGUCAGAUUCUGCAGUGGUCCAAUAUGGGAAGUGAAUGUUUUAAAAAUUACAGCUAUGAAUGUUUUUUAGUGUUGUUUAGUGGGGCAGCGGUUGACUUCAGUGUUUUGUUUGAUUUUUGUACAACUACUGGGUAACUCACUCGAGGUUAUCUUGACAACGUGUGAGGUUUUACGCACACAAUCACGCUUUUUUGUGUUUUUUAAGCAAUGAUAAGUAAUUAUUUGAAUCAUUUUUGAGGACGAAUGUAACUUAUUUACUGUAGACUAGAAUAUUUUAACAGGGGUGUUUGUUUUUCAUUAAUGAGGUAGUGAGGCUCGCUCAUUAUUAGUAGUUUACCACCGCCAUCUACAGGUGUUUUCGGGUAUAACACAAGGUGAGAGCCGUGCCUUUUAAUAUCCAUAUAUUGCACAGCUGAACAAAUAUUAUUUUCCCCCGCUACCUUUAGAUUUAUUAAUAGCCCAUAGUAUUUACAUGCGAGUAAUAUAUACUUUAUAAGUGUUAUUAAAGGGGUUUUUCAUCUUCAAGAAGUCUUUCCACUGUUCAGCUGUUUACUUGAAAUACAAAACAAUGUAAUUUUAAAUCUAGAUUUAAGGAUCAGCCAUUGUGCUUUAAAAGACACAAGCACAGAAUUGUACAUCCCAAUCAGUGCAUCUGGAUCUUUAUUCAGCAACAAUUGUACAGUUUUCUUUAUAUUUUAUGUUGUGAUAACUGAUCAAUUUGGCUGUUAAUGUCAAGAAUUAUCUGUUAUUCUGUUUGUUCAACAGGUUGUGAGCUUGAAUUCACGACACGCAGUCAUUGUGAAAUGCUGAAUCUGUGCCUUCUGUUGUGAGGUUUAGCACUCGUGUCUUAGAUCGCAGGCUGUAGUUAAGAUACUGAGUGGUUUACAAAAGUCUUCUCAGUAGCAUAAUGUCAAUGCUCUAUUCUGUAUAUAAACUGUGAGCCACUACCUUUUGUACAUAAAUAUUCUGUACUUUUACAUCCCUGUCAUUUCUGCAACAAUCACAGUCUGGAUUUCCUUAUACCUGUAAAUGCUGUACAUAAAGGGUAAAUUAAAACAAAGGAAAGUGUAA